GAAAUGGGUCAGGAAUCUUCGUAAGAGAAUCAAUACAUAUCGGCGAGAGGUUCUUCGAUUUUAAAGGGAGUAAAGCAAAUUAAAGAUCACCGAUCGACUCCGUUAUGCAAGAUUGGAGGCUUUCACUUAACUUUUAAAAGUUUGUCUUCGGCAUAGGAGUGUAUAUUUAUAAACCGAGAGAUAUUGGUAAAUGUUCUUACCCUGAGAGAGGAUUUUCUAGCAAAACAUGUUUAAAAAUAGAUAUUGGAGAUAGACGUAUGGUCUUCAAGGUGUGAAUCAAGACACGUGCACAGGUAAUUUGUAAUCCAAAGAAAAAAACAAUAUUGAAGGAAAACGAAUCAACUUGUGAAAUAAAGAGAGAAUACUGGUGGAUAGGAGAAUAAAUCACAUUGGACAGGUAUCCUUCAUUACUUUGAUAAGGCUUAGAUGAGACAAAACAGUAUGCGCGGCAGGAUUUCUCUUCAGGAGAAAUGUCCAUUCCUUUACAACAGUUAUUUACUAGAUCAUUAGCCACUCAUGUUUCACAGACAACCUAAACGGGAUAGCAACUCACCUGGCAAAAAGAUGGUUCACAAACCUGUUCUGGAUGGAAGAUUCCGAGAUCGACAAGACAGCUAUAUCGAAACUCGGCCACGUCUUCAUUCUGAUAACGAAGUCCCUGAAAUUGAAACUUCUCAUAACUUUCUUCUCCCGCUCACUAAACGUGACUUUUACACGAGAAAAGACACUGCCCGAAAGAACCUUCUAGGAUACCUUUACACCCGACAACCUGUUCUUCAUCGCAGCUAUUCUUUCGUGGCUGGGGAGAAACCAGUCAACGAACCAGGUCUUCCUAAAAUCGCAUCUUUUUCUCGAGAAAAGUCCAAUUUCAACCUAAGUAGUUCAAAGAACAGAAGCUAUGAAAUUACCCAUCAUGAACUGGGCGUUGGUCAAUCAUCCAAAGUCGGGAAAGUAAGAGAAUUUUUGAAAUCCGGAAGUUCUAGAUCAAUCUGUAGUGUGAAAAAGGAUAACGCGAGUCCUCAAAGAUCCCGGACUAAUAGCAACAAAAUGACAUUGCCGGAAAUUAUUGAGGAUCUAAAUAACAACGAGAAAUAUGCAAAUGACGUUUACUCAGAAGAAGAGUCGUUCGACAGACCUCGAGGUAGUGAUCAUGUGAUAACUUUUGUGCCAUCUAGGCUCAUAGGGAACGAGCCAAAAGUCUAUCCAUCCAGACAUAGACCCAUUACGCCAAAUUUAUUGAAAAAACUAGAUAAAUUAAAGAUUCCUAAUCGAAUACGAACCCAGGAUUGGGUAAAGGUGUUACCAUCAGACACUAGAGCAUAUAUUGGAGAAUCUCGAAUUAAUGCACAAUAUGUUCCAGAGGAUAUAGACGAAUAGUAAUGGCGGUCUGGAUGCACUAUUUGUUUUUAUCAAGUUUUUUAUUGACAUUUUCAUGAUAAGAUUUUUUAUAAAUUAAACCUUCAGCUCUUUGAUGAAGAAUUUCAAAAAUUAACGAAUCAAUAACUGGCAUAAAUUCAAAUUAAUAUUUAUGACUUCCAUCUAUUGCUCUACAAAAAAACAGAUUAUAAAAAUGGUAGAUAUUACAUGCUUUUAUGUUAGGAUUAUGCUUUCAGACAUUUUAUAACAUACUUCCUUUACAGAAUUGAUAAAAAGGGGGUGAUUGAAAAGUGUAUCUAAAAUUUACUAUCUCUAAACUUGAUCCUUAUUUGUAUUGUCAUGUGUCGGAGAGAACUGUAUUAUAAUUGUUU